AUGAACUAUUUCCUCAUACCUGGGCUGGUGUCACUUCCAAGUGUCACAGGCAAGGAUGGGAAAGCUCACUGCAUCGUCCUCUUAAUCCGUGUAUUCGGUGUUGUCCCCAAUCAGCAAUGUCAGCAUCGCAGGAACUUGUUAGAAAUGCAAAUUCUCAGGCCCCACUAUAGACCUACCAAACCAGAAACUCUCAGGAUGCCUUCUCUUGAGCUCUGGGACUGCUUAGAAUUGGUGGACUGGAUGAAGAAUCUCUGUGAGCAGGGAACAUGCCUCUCUUCGUGCAAGGAUCUGGACAGUCACUGGAGUGCAGCCAUUGGAGCUAUUGAAGUCCAAGUUACUCAAACCAUGAGGUCUCCAAGGCCACCUGACCCAAAAUGUUCUAGGGGAGUUCAUCAUACAACAAUAUUCAAUAGGCAAGUUGUUCAUCUCUCAGGCUCCCGUAACUUGCUGAGCUAUAAGUUUCUCUACAGAAUAUUCCAGGCUCGAAGCCCCAGCACUGGAGUCAGGCUGAUGAAGAGGACACUAGGCUGGGAAUGGAGCCUGAAAUGGAGAGCACUUCCUCAGUCCCUGGCCCAUCCUUCUGUGACACCAGACAGCCGGAGGGCUCACAGUGCUGAGAGGUUUUAGCCUAUUAAUCUUGAGACUUGAAAAUAGAAUUAUUGGCCUCAAAAUAGGCUAAGGAAUCUACAAUCAGAAUUAAAAAUACCAUAAUUAAAUGCCCACAAAUAUGUCAACUUCAUUAAAUGCUGAAUUUAAUA